UAAAUGUCAAAACGAAAUAACGCCCCAUGGUCGAAGCCGUUGGGAGGGAACUUCACCGCUUCAAAUCAACGGAACCAAAGAGACAGAGAAUGGCAUAGAAUAUUUGCGUGAUAGAGCAGCAGCAGAGGUUUGAAGAGAAUAGAUUUUCCGGUGGAUGGUUUUUCGAAGAUGAUCAAAUGGACGAAAAGAUUAAUAUCCGCAUUUGGAGCCUCCUUUCUUUGGUUGAUAUGCUUGAUUUACUUCACUCAGAUGCAGGGUUUCAGGUCUUUUGUCUGGACGGCAAUUUCCUACCAACUCAAAGAUAAACUUAAAUUGUCACCAGCAGCAUCUCAAUAUGUAUCUUCUAUAGCAUUUUUUCCAUGGAGCAUUAAACCAUUAUAUGGAAUAAUGUCUGAUUGUAUACCAAUUAGGGGCAGAAAACGAAUUCCCUACCUAGUGAUUGCAACUGUGCUUUCUCUAGUUCCAUGGCUUAUUUUAGGCUCAAAUUCAGCCUCUAGGGAUUCUAAAUGGCAUCUGAUGAUAUUCUUAACAGUGCAAAACUUGGGCUCAGCCAUGGCAGAUGUUGUGGUCGAUGCAAUGAUAGCUGAGGCAGCAAGAUAUGAUCGGGCUUUAUUUGCUGGAGAUCUUCAGUCAAUAUCUUGGAUGGCGAUGGCUUUGGGAGGCAUAUGUGGUAGUUUGUUAGGAGGCUAUGUAUUGUCCAAUUUACAAAUAGAUACAAUUUUUCUUCUAUUUGCUGUACUACCAACCAUUCAGUUAAUAUCAUGCCAAUUUGUGGUUGAGAAAUCUGUUGAUAGCAAAAAUUUUCAAGAGUAUUAUAUUUCAAGAGUUUCAACUUCAAACGGGAGUACUUCAGAUGAAGAUAGUCCUUUCAUCGAAAAGUUUAAUAGAAGUAUUGAAAGAAGAAAGAAGGGCAAAAAGAAUGGCAAAAGGUUGGCUGUGAGGACCCGAAAAUCAGAUAUUGUUGAAAAAGAUGAUUCUUUGACGUUGAAGCAGUGUCACUCUAUAAAAGAUGCAAUUUAUGAUUUGUGUCGUGCUUUCAGACAGCCAAUGAUAUUAAGACCGAUGUCUUGGUUUUUCCUCGCUCAUGUCAUCAACCCUGAUCUUUCAACAGUUGUGUUCUACUAUCAAACUGAAGUUCUGAAGUUAGAAGCAUCUUUCCUGGGAACUGCACGUGUUUUUGGAUGGCUUGGACUUAUGCUUGGAACCUUCAUUUACAAUCACCACUUUAAGUACAUGAAAUUACGAAGAAUUCUCAUGUGUGCUAAUAUUGGUUUGUCCUUGGUGAAUCUUCAGCAAAUUAUUGUGGUCUCUAGGAUGAAUACUACAUAUGGAAUAUCAGACAAGACUAUGGUGCUCUGGGGUUCAGCUCUUGCUGAUGCAAUCAAUCAAUUUAAGUUCAUGCCUUUUCUGAUCAUAUCUGGACAGUUAUGCCCUCCAGGAAUAGAAGGGACUCUAUUUGCUCUCUUCAUGUCAAUAAAUAAUUUGGGGUCAACAUUGGGAUCUUUUGUGGGUGCUGGGUUAGCUUCUAUACUCAACAUUGAUUCAAGAUCAUUUGACAAUCUUCUCUUGGGCAUCAUCAUUCAUGCAAUCUGCAAUUCUGUGCCCAUUGCUUUUCUCUUUCUAAUUCCGAAGGAAGCAACAGGGAUAUCGGCGUAGAGUAUGAUUACCUCCGCGCGAAAUGGGGUUGGCUGUACUCCCUUGAUUUGUUCAAGGUUUAUAUGACAGUUGAAUUUUUAUUUAUUUAUUUAUUUAUUUUUUGCAGAUGUAGACCUGAAUAUUAGGAGAACACUGAUAUGAUCGAUAGAAUACAGUAUACACAUUGAGAAUUACAAUCACUA